GAUACAGAUUCAGCACAAUCAGCUUUUCAUCAAGAAAUGGCAGGCAAUUAUAUAAGGCGAGCUAGCCUUGCAUUACGACUAGAUAAUGGGUUUACAGAUGUGACGCAGGAGUUGGCUAGGUAUCGCCAAGCCAUCCAGAUAUUGCUCAAUGGUAUCAAAGUCGAUAACGAUCCCACUUCUAAGCAAUCAGCGACAGCGCUGGUGAGCGAAUAUCUUCAGCAUGCAGAGGAGCUCGCGGAAGCAGCUGAGCAGCGGAAUACCAUAUAUAGCUGCUCUCGCCAAUUAGAAACACCACGUUUGGCAACUCAAUCAUCAGCAGGCAAUGCAGGAUCGGUUAACGAAGUACGGAGUUUGACUUUGCAAAGAUCAAGGCCAUCCGAUAUGGAGCCGAUAGAGGACCUCAUCGAUUCACAUGAACGCCUUGGCCAUCGGAAUCACUCAGAAACAUCAAGUGAUGCCAGUUUUUCGAGCACUACAAAUAUUUUAGAUGUGUAUAGCAAUGUUCCUGAAGGUAUCGCAGAGAUGCAUCAAGAACAGGACACUUUAAACGAUGAACACCACCGAAACCAUGAGGAGAACCUUGGAACGGGAUUUUCGGCUCUGCAAAUUAACAGUGACCAUGAAGCAUCCAGAUCUCUUGUAGGGAACUUGACAGGAGUAUCAGCAGAUGAAUCAUCGUCCACUAUACCCAUUGCUCAAUCACCGCAGUAUCAUGAAGUGUCCACAGUGCCAAUUCUUAGUGCGUCGCCUGCAGCCACUAAUACAUCUUCCGAUUCCUUCCCAAUUGGCCGCCUCACACGGAACCAUCGAUCAACAACACCUUCCAUUUCAUCUUCUAGAUCUAAUGCAACUGAAUCAGUAUCGACUCAGAUUCCGGUGACUCGCAUUAGAUCUGGACCAGAACCGGGGAAUGAUUUUGAUACCCAUUCAGAUUUACCAAGACACUUCUCUUCAUCAUUUCCAACAUCAUCCUCGUUUGCAAGUCAAGAUAGGGCUCCUUCAAGCCGUGUCCAAUCCAUGCAGGCACCACAACACUAUUAUCAGCAGCAAUACCAACAUUUUUCGCAGCAGCAAUACCAAUUACCACCCGCUCAAAAUCCGCAAUUUAAAUGGGAAUCCGAUCACAAGGCUAUCGAAUGUAGAGAAUGUCAUAGGAAAUUCUCGCUUUGGCUAAGAAGACAUCACUGCCGCCGAUGUGGCCACGUUGUCUGCGAUCGCUGCUCCAGCCACCGCUCGAUGAUGCAUCCAUCCGAGGUAGUGUUUGAUCCUUCAUCAAGCGAGGCGUAUCUUUCUCAUAAGGCCUCGUUGCAGAGAAACAUUCCGCAGAGCUAUCGUGUGUGUGACUCUUGCUACACUAUUUUGGGAUCAGGUCGAUCUACGGGGGCAGCAUCAAGCUCUGGUGCUGGAUCUGGUAACUUUUCAUCCAGUUCGAGCAGUCAACAGCAUUAUCAUCGAUCACACAAUGGUCAGUAUUCAACGCACAGUGGAAUAAGCAACCCAUCACAGAAUGAUAGGAGUUAUGGGGUAUACCUGCCUAGCUCUUCUGGCUAUGCACCUGAUCGGUCACACCCUUCCUCGAGGAGCUCUAGCUCAUCAAACCUCCAUCCAGCGCCGAUGGUUCGUAGCGCUAGUUCUGGCUCGCUCAUGAGCGAGUGUCCUGUUUGUGGAGCUAUCCUUGCUGGUUUAGAAGGCGGCAAGGCAGCACAAGAAGCCCAUGUGCAAGAUUGUUUAGAGGGCAAGUCAGGUCCAGGAAAUGGACCUGUACGCUAUAUCGUUUAUAAACUUGCAGCAGACUCACCGUUGAUAGAUCAAGAAUGUGCCAUCUGCUUUGAAGAGUUUGUGGUCGAACCGUUGCACGGCUGAAUUGUCUGUGCACAUACCAUCGUCAUUGCAUCCACAGUUGGCUACAGCAUGGCAAUUCGUGCCCUGUGCAUUAUCGUUAACCAUCUACCACUUGAUAAUAGGAACC